AUGGAAAAGGACAGUGUAGACAACUGUCAUACCCCACACCCUUUUGUGUCGCGUGUAACCGUCCGUCGUCUUCUCUGCUCUUUGCCUAUACUUCCUCACGUUCUCCCCCUUUGUUGUUUGUCUGAUGCACCCGGUUGGUUGCACAUGACUUUCUACCUAUUUAGUGUGUUACUAAAGCGCAAAGGGUGUAAAAGCGUAUAUUCGAGUGCGUGUAUAACAAUAAGCGAUAAUAAUAAGAACAAUAGGCUCACAAAACCUACGGGCUCUCGCACAGGCACAAAAUCACGUACAACUACCUAUUUAUAUUGUGGUUGUGUACCGAGUUUGGGUGGAGAGAACGAUAGGACCAAAAACCACAACUCACCUCAAUAUAUACAAGGAAAGAAAGCAAAUUAA